AUGCGCUCGCUGAAUGUGACCGCUUGCUCGGCGUUGUGGGACGACGUGCGCUGGGACGAGCCAGCCAGCGUAGCCAGCCUCGCCGUACUGGCCCUGAUCGACGUCCUGGUGGUCGCAGGGAACUGCUUGGUGAUAGCGGCGGUGCUCUGCUCGUCGAAGCUGCGAAGCGUCACCAACUUGUUCAUCGUGUCGUUGGCGGUGGCGGAUUUGCUGGUGGGCCUGGCGGUGCUACCCUUCUCCGCCACGCGGGAGGUCUUCAAGAUAUGGAUAUUCGGCGACGUCUGGUGCUCCGUGUGGCUAGCGGUGGACGUCUGGAUGUGCACUGCCUCCAUCCUCAACCUGUGCGCCAUCUCCCUGGACAGAUACGUGGCCGUCACCAGGCCGGUGAGCUACCCCAGCAUCAUGAGCAAGAAGCGGGCAAAGGCGCUCAUAGCUGGCCUUUGGGUGCUCUCCUUCGUCAUCUGCUUUCCACCUUUGGUGGGGUGGAAGGACAAAAAGCCAGAAGAAGCGGAACUGAAGGACGGCUGGUCUCCUAACCCUCCGUGCAAGUGGACAUGCGAGCUGACGAACGACGCUGGCUACGUGGUCUACUCCGCCCUCGGCUCCUUCUACAUCCCGAUGUUCGUGAUGCUGUUCUUCUACUGGAGGAUAUACAAAGCCGCCGUCAGAACCACGAAGGCAAUCAACCAGGGAUUCAGAACAACAAAAGGCAAGGGAUUGGGUAGCCGGUUCGACGACAACCGCCUGACCCUGAGGAUCCACCGUGGACGAGGGUCGGCAAGGCCUCACGGCUCCCCCAUGUCCAACGCCUCCAACCACUCCACGAGCACAUCCCUCAGCGCAUCACCCGAAAGGCUGAGGAGGCAUUCCAGUGCGCGUCGGGCCCACGAGAAGAUCAAGAUAUCGGUGUCCUACCCGUCGUCCGAGCAAAUAUGCCCGGGCCACGAGAACUCGCGCUCGCCGAGCAGAUCGCCGAGCCCCUCCCUCUACGCGGUCCACUACGAGAGGGAUGGGCGGGAGCUCACCGAGAGCCGCCUGAGGGUGCGACCAGCCCACCACCUGGCGCCCACGCCGCUCUACGACGAGCUAGACGACAAGCCCCGCACUAGGAGGAUGGGCAAGAGGAACAUCAAAGCGCAAGUGAAGCGGUUCCGCAUGGAGACGAAGGCGGCCAAGACCCUGGGCAUCAUCGUGGGCGGCUUCGUAUUCUGCUGGCUGCCCUUCUUCAGCGUCUACGUGGUGCGCGCCUUCUGCGGCGGCUGCGUGACGCCGAUCGUGUUUUCGGUGCUGUUCUGGCUGGGCUACUGCAACUCGGCCAUCAACCCGCUGAUAUACGCGCUGUUCUCCAAGGACUUCAGGUUCGCGUUUAAGCGAAUAAUAUGCAAGUGUUUCUGCGCCGGGGGCUCCCGACGGGACUCUGAGGGUGACGCGUCCCGACGCCCCCCGCGCCCCCCUCAGGAGCACUCGCACUCGCUGGAGGAGAACGAUACGCUCGCGCAGAGUGACGUCACCAGG